GGAAAAGUCGUCUUUCUUCUCUGGAGGGCGAACGUUGACAGCACCGACCUCCCGGACCUGGUAACAUGGCAAAAGAUGCCGGUCUAAUUGAAGCCAAUGGAGAGCUAAAGGUCUUCAUAGACCAGAACCUUAGUCCUGGAAAAGGUGUGGUGUCCCUUGUGGCUGUCCACCCAUCCACAGUGAACACGCUGGGGAAGCAGCUCUUGCCAAAAACCUUUGGACAGUCCAAUGUCAACGUCGCCCAGCAAGUGGUAAUUGGUACGCCUCAGAGACCUGCAGCGUCAAACACUAUCGUGGUAGGAAGCCCACACACCCCCAACACUCACUUUGUCUCUCAGAACCAGCCUUCCGACUCCUCACCUUGGUCUGCCGGGAAACGCAACAGGAAAGGAGAGAAGAACGGCAAAGGCCUGCGGCAUUUCUCCAUGAAGGUGUGCGAGAAGGUGCAGAGGAAAGGGACCACGUCCUACAACGAAGUGGCAGACGAGCUGGUCGCGGAGUUCAGUGCUGCCGAUAACCACAUUCUACCAAAUGAAUCAGCUUACGACCAGAAGAACAUAAGGCGGCGAGUGUACGAUGCCUUAAACGUGCUGAUGGCCAUGAACAUCAUCUCCAAGGAGAAGAAGGAAAUCAAGUGGAUUGGUCUGCCCACCAACUCGGCUCAGGAAUGUCAGAAUUUAGAGGUGGAGAGACAGAGAAGACUUGAAAGAAUAAAGCAGAAACAGUCUCAACUUCAAGAACUUAUUCUACAGCAAAUUGCCUUUAAGAACCUGGUGCAGAGAAACCGCCAGGCAGAACAUCAGGCUAGCCGGCCGCCCCCGCCCAACUCUGUCAUCCACCUGCCUUUCAUCAUUGUCAAUACCAGCAAGAAGACUGUCAUCGACUGCAGCAUUUCUAAUGACAAAUUUGAGUAUCUGUUUAAUUUUGACAACACGUUUGAAAUCCAUGAUGACAUAGAAGUGCUAAAGCGGAUGGGGAUGGCUUGUGGGCUGGAAUCAGGGAGCUGCUCUGCCGAAGACCUUAAAAUGGCAAGAAGUUUGGUACCAAAAGCUCUGGAACCAUAUGUGACAGAAAUGGCUCAGGGAUCCAUCGGUGGUGUGUUUGUCACGACAGCAGGUUCCACGUCCAACGGCACAAGGCUUUCUACCAGUGACUUGACCAAUGGUGCAGACGGGAUGCUGGCCACCAGCUCCAAUGGGUCUCAGUACAGCGGCUCCAGGGUGGAGACCCCCGUGUCCUACGUUGGGGAAGAUGACGAUGAGGAUGACGACUUCAACGAGAAUGAUGAGGAGGACUGACUGUCUGCUGUAGACCCCUCUCCCCAUUCAGAUUCAGCUUCAGGAAAAAGUCGUUUAGGGAAGAGAAACUUUUUUUUAACGUGAGGUUUUCUGUUUCUUUUUGGCCUCCUCCCGAGGAGAUAUUGGUAAGCUAUUGAAUUUAGAUAUGCACCUCCGAUAAGCAAGGAUUGUCUUUCCUAGGAUUUAAGACAUGCUGUGGAUGUGUGUUGGUACCAGUGUGCUGAUGCAGAGCCUUUAUUUCCUUUUUAGGAUUCGUGUUUUCAUUUUCUAUUUUUUAUUUUUAAUUCAGAAGGGUGUUUUUUGCCCCUUAACAAUUCUUGCUGAGUUUGCUGAAGAAGUUGUACUUCAUCCACGUCAAUGAAAAUAAAACGCUAUCCUGUUGUGGACAAUGAACACCGAAUGCCCUUUAUUUUCAGUCUGUUUGAAUGGCGCCACAUGCUGGCAAAUAACAAGACUCCGUGAUGAGUUUUCCAUCUGUUACAUCUUGCAGUAGUGUCCAAAGAACCAAGCAAAUAGCAAAGCUCCACUUUAUGAACAUUAAGCGCCAUAAAUUUAAUAUGACUUUAAUUCCCCUUAAAUUAUAUUGACUAUUGUGAUUCCAUCAAGUCUAUACACUUUCUCUAUCUAUUGCAGCAACAAAUUGCGAAGUGCUUUUUUUGUUUGUUUUUGUUUUGUUCGGUAAAAGUUUACUGCCACGCUGGUGCAGCUAUGGAAACUGAAAGGCUUGGAAUGGUUUAUUGCUUAUGGUAAAAUUUGCCUGAUUUCUUACAGGCAGUGUUUGGAAACUUUUUAUUAUAUAGUUGUUUACAUACUUAUAAGUCUAUCAUUUAAAGACAUGUACUGAAACAAAUGUAUUUGUUUCGUAAACAUCUUCCUGUAAUCUAUUAUAAAGUUGAAAUUAAAUAGAGAGAAUGUUUUAACAGUUUUUUAACUCAAAAUUUGUCAAUCAUUUUUAAUAGUUCUUUUUUUAUAAAAAGAAAAAGGAAUUUAAGGACAGGCAGUAGUCUCUUUUAAAAUUUAUUCACAAGAAACCAUUAACUGCACAGUUGCUGUUAGCUGCCUGUUCUAAAACGAUAGUCUUUUUAUUGAAACACAAAGAAGCUUUUCUGUAAUAUUUUAUGGACUAUAAAGAGACUUUAAUUGUUUGACUUGUUUAACUUGGCACUGUUAGUUUUUAUUAAUAAAACGCGCAUGGGCAUUUUAAACAA